AUGCUUUCCCAAAUUGGAACGAUACCAGAUAUUAAGGCACUGAAAAAGGAUGUUGUGAAGCUAUUUGAAAAUUUAUAUAAAUAUGAUGAUGGGGCCAAUUUCUUUGAUGAUCAACAUCAAGGUCCUGUUUCAGCCACCUCAUCAGUUAUACUAGGGGACAAGAUAUUGGGUUUGGCAAGAUUUUUUCUUGGGAUUGGAAUCCUUGGCAAUAGCAAGGAUUUAUAUCACCAAAUUGAUGCUUUAGACUGCUUAGAUCAAAACAGGCAAACUUGUGCAGGUGCUGUUGUGCUUACUGACCUUGUAUUUUGGUGCCUAUUACUCCCGUUUCAGUCUGUCGAUGGCUUCAAGCUUACCCUGUUGAUUGGUUGCAUGCACUCCCUGAAUGUUGUUUUUCUCCUCCUGGAUUCUGCUCUCAACAACCUAUUUGAGAGGCUAUUGCAGGUGGCCUUAUCCCUUCCUGGAAAUUGCUACUCCAUGGGCUCCCAUGUGGUACUUUGGCAUCGCUUUAGUUCACCUCCCAUGUUACGGACUAUAUGUUUGGCUUGUGAAAGUGAAAGCAUCGAGGCUGUCAAAAAUGUUUCCGCAAGCAUUUAUAGUCCAACGUGUGGUUUUCGUUUACAAUCUACUAAGGAGAAAGAUCACACAAAAGGGGUAUUCCCGGGAAUCUCAAGACGGGCAGAUUUAUGGUUAGGUACAGUCUUGAUGAAUAAAGGUGCCCGAGUGAAUACAAAAAGAUGGGUCGGACCUGUACCUGGUGUCGAUAUUGGUAAUGUUUUCUUUUUCUGA